GUGUAUAGUCGGUUCAUUAUCAAUGUUCCAGACGAAGAAUUAGCCUCAGUAGAACGCAUCUGUUUUCAAAUCGAGCAAGCACAUUGGUUUUAUGAAGACUUUGUACGGGAGCAGAACCCUUCUUUACCAAGUUUCAAUCUCAAGAACUUUUCAGCCAAAUUCUUUCAGCAUUGUCCAUUGUUACAUGAAUGGUCCAAUGAGCACGAGACCGCAUUCGCCAAUUUCAUGGAGUACAAGAUCAGGGUACCCGUCUGUGGCGCCAUUAUUCUGAACGAGGCAAUGGAUAAGUGUAUAUUGGUCAAGGGAUGGACUGCUCGGUCAGGAUGGGGCUUUCCAAAAGGCAAGAUCAACAAAGACGAGCUUGAUAGCUCUUGUGCAGUUCGAGAGGUUUGGGAGGAGACUGGGUUUGACCUGACAGACAAGAUUAAUGACAAUGAUUAUGUGGAGCAAACCAUCAAAGAUCAAAGGAUCCGCUUGUAUAUUGUCAAAGGAGUUCCUGAAAGCACCGUCUUUGAGCCUCAGACCAGGAAGGAGAUCAGUGUACGCUGUUUUCUAGAUUCUUCCUCUCCUCUACAUUUAGCAAAUGCAAUGUGCUAA